AGGCGACGUCGUCAACACUAGCAGCAACGGUCUUUACUCGCCGAGGACGGGCUCAACUUACCACUUCAUCAACUUUCGUAAAACCUUUUGUUUUGUUUUGUUUUAACAACCACAACCUUUGCCGCCCCCUUGAAAAAAACGCCAAUAUGAAGACCUACGCUGUUGUUCUCUCCCUCGCGGCCUUGGCGGCCGCCCAGACGACGGGAGGAGGUGCCAGUCCCGUCCCUGCCCCGGUCCCGUCGCCCAAUGACACCCCCGCCUGCGCCGAGGCCAAGAUCCUCGCUGGUGGCAUCGCCCUCAACAUCCUGGUCCAGCAGCAGGAGGUUAACAGUCUCAAUGCUGUCAUGCAGGCGCUCCAGGCAAACCCGGUCAACAUGCAGCAGUUCCAGACCGCCAAGUCGAACCUCUUGGCCUUCGUUAGCGACGGCAUCCAGAUCCGCCAGUCGAACCAGCUUAUUGCCCCUACCGGAAACGGCGCCACGGCAGGGCUUGCAGUCGUCGCCAAUGCUCAACUCAGCGAGCUCGAGAAGGCCUCCGGCCUCACCGGCAACCCCCAAACAGAUAAUCCCGUCACUCAGUCACUCAUGAGUGACUUCAACGGCGGCAUCAAGAAGAACAUGGAGAACCAACAAAAUGCUGUCCAGGGGUGCUAAAGGAAAUAAAGAAUACAAGAUACAUAAUUCUCAAGCUAAUGGAAGCGACAGCACGCGGGGUGCAGGGUUAAACAACGGCGUACAACGGCGUUCAACGGCUAUGUGUCCCAUUUCUUUCUGGACAUUGAAGCGCGGGGCAGGGCGGUAGAGUUUCUUCAGACGAAGUUGAUCCGCAACCGGAUCUUGGUCGGGACAGAGGGCCUACACAGGUUGCUCGAGACUGCAGUCGUUAGACUCUUGCCUAGUUUAUACUGUUCAACUGGAGGUAUCCUGUGAUAUGAAAAAUACUAAAUAGGUG